AUGUUUUACUUUAGGUCCUAUGUGUUCUUGGAGUCGUCUAGUUCUGUCAGAGGUAUAGCGCAGUCAAGUGCAUAUUCUCGAGGUGCAGUUGGCGCGAUGCUAGUCUACGACAUAACAAAAUGCCAAUCAUUCGAUCAUAUGGCUAGAUGGCUGGAGGAACUAAGAGGUCACGCGGACAAGAACAUAGUUAUAAUGCUCAUCGCGAACAAAUGUGAUCUAGGAAGUCUUCAAGCUGUACCAGUUGAAGAUGCUCAAGAAUUUGCAGAAAGGGAGAAUCUUUUCUUUAUGGAAACAUCAGCUCUUCAAUCCACAAACGUCUAG